AUGGCCGUCGCCUCUGCGUCUGUGCUGGGGUGCUCGCUCCCCGCAAAGGUGUCCUCCUCUGCUCCGUCGCCUUCCUCUUGCUUCUACUAUUCCCCUCUGCGGUCGGGGUGCUCGGGUUUCCUCGUCGGCGGCAAUGGCGGGGGGAAGGUCUCGAGCUCAGGAAUGGCGAUGCGCUCGAUGGCCAGGAGAGCACGUGGUGGAGUCGGCACUGCGGCGCCCCCGGGAGGUCUCGGAUGUCGCUGCCUCUUUGGUCUCGGCGUUCCCGAGCUCGUCGUGAUUGCUGGGGUCGCCGCGCUGGUGUUCGGCCCCAAGAAGCUGCCGGAAAUUGGGCGCGGGAUCGGGAAGACUGUGAAGAGCUUUCAGCAGGUCCCUUGAGAUGAUCCCCGUCGUUUGAUUUCUCGUUUAAUGUUUCGCACUUGUUAGCGUAUUGCUGAGGCUGUCGAGUAGCUUUAUUUUUUGUUUACACGCAAUUUUUGAAGCGGUGGAAUCAGCGGAAAGAAUCGCAUCCUGCUUAGGGCAUCCAGUGAAGGAAAUAAAACUUGUAUGUAACAUCAAUCCGGUCUAAGGCUAUCCGCCAACUUUUUUCUCUGUUUAUCUCGUCAUUGAGAGUUCAGUAGUCGGAUUCAUCAUAAUUAUACUUUAUGGCUUGGGGGUUAGCGAGAGAGCAUUGAAUGGAGGCGAUGGAAAUAUGUUGACAGUUUCUUACAGCUUCUACUCGUAUAUAUUGAUGGAACUCUCCUGCGGUACUGCUUGGGUUAUCAAGAAUGUCAACCGGAUUCCUGUGCUUGGUAACAUAAAUUACGAGUAGAAGGAGAGGGGGCUCGGUUUGAUUAUUGCCUAACUUGCCGAUGCGAGAUAAAGUCAGCCUCUUGGGAAUAUAAGCUCUCCCUGUCUGUCAUUGAGACGUAGGUGUGAAUUUUGAGGAGCUGUAGAAUGGAUGCACAUCAACUGAGGUCGAGUGAAGAUGGGAUGUUGAUCUGGUAUUGUCAGUCUUUCCAUUCUACAAAAUUCCAGUCUGUUAUUCCCAGAGCUGAAGAUGUGAGAUUGCCUUAAAAGAGAAGAGCUCUCCUUUGACAUUUUUGAACAUUACAUUCGACCUACCACACUAUGGCUUUUUUUUUCCCAGGUAGUUCAUAGUCAAUAUAUCACAGUAUUUUGUAUUAAAUCCUUAGUUUUUCUGUGUCUUUAGAUAUUCCACGGUUUACUGGAUUCCGUUUAAAUUUCUAUACUUCUGUUGACAUUUUCAUGUGCAUAUCUUGAGUCACACAACUGGGUACGUGAUAAGAACAGAGAUUCGGUGAGACUUUUGCAUGAGGAGUGGAUAUAAGUCUUCUCAAUUGGGGGAUGUUUAGCAUAGAGUAUGAUCUAAUAUUAUGCGAAGCUUAUGCAAAUAGGGAAAAAAUCCAGAAUUUAUUUCACACUUUAUAUCUGAAGAUGGGUAGAACAAAUGGGACAAAGAGAUAUUGGAUCGUCUAGAAAUAUUCUAAACCUUAUCAUUAUAUUUCACUAGUGAGUGAAUAGGCUAGGAGGAUUAUCCUGAACCUGUCAACUUUCUAUGUCAUAAUCAUACUUUGGUCUUUCAUUUCCUUUGCACCAUGGUUCAAAACCUUUGUAUAAGACUGCUAUUUGGAUGAAUGAUACUGUUAAAAUGGAUGAUUAAUUUGCAAGUAAUGUGUUUUUGUGCAAUGUAAAUAGAUUGAGAUAAGUAGUCAGAUUUUGAGAAGUCUGCAGUGCCAUGAUUGUAUGAAAUUCUUGCUGCACAAGAUGAGGAAAAUAAUCUUAUUGUUUUGUUCUUCGUAGGGCAUAAUCCGAGGGACAAGUUUUUAAAUUAUUUUGUUGAAAUUACCUAUAAAUAAGAGAAGCUCUAAUUGGAGCCUUAUGUUGACCGCUUAGAGGGAAUUGGCGUUUUUCCCGUAUCCUUUGAAUUCUACUCUUCAUGAUCACAUUGAGGAUGAUGAACCUCUUGCAUUUAUCCUCAUUUAGCCUUGAGCUUCCACUCCUUAUCAUGGCUGAGUCUCCCUACAUUCUUCUCUGGCCCCAAACACGGCUUGAGUCCGAUCUUCAAUAAUGCUGGAUUAAUCAUGAUCUGAUCUUCAAUUAAAAGCCAGAUCCAAUCCCAUUCUGUAUUAGAUUGAAGUACACAAAGCAGCCCAUCAAUGGGUAAAACGCAGUUUAUCUUAGAUUUGCUUGAUUUACAUCUUAAUUCAAACUUUUUUUGCUAUCAUUUGAAUCCCAAUUUCAACUUUGACGACAAAGGUCCCUCACAGGAUGUGUUCUUUGUUCUCACUUACUAUUUCUGAUUUCAUUUUAUCUGAUUUUGAAUUUCAAACAUCUUUAUCUGGUGGACAGGUUCUCAAACAUGUUCCCACAGAGAUGAAUGCAUAUUCUGUAAUCAGUGGUCCCAUAGGCAAUAAAGUGUUCCUGUUUUGUAUAUAUUUCAUAUUUCCACCACUUAGAUUGCUUUGUGCAAGCCUUGUGUUCUGCCGGGAAGUUCCAUCUGACCCUGAUCUUUACUUGAAUUCCCAAUUCUCAGGCAGCCAAGGAGUUUGAAACAGAGCUGAAGAAGGAACCUGAUUUGACUGCUGCUGAAAACCCCCAAGAAGUGAGCAGCAAAGAUGGGAAGGAGCUCGAAUCCUCUGGCACGAAGGAGAGCGCGUGA